ACCUGAACAAGCGGCAGCUUUUAUUCUGACACUCCACGUAGGAAGCGUCGCUGCGUGUGUCGUCACGUCCUGUGUGUCUCCGUCCUCUCUCAGGUGAUGGACACCCAGAAGGAAGCUCUGCGCAGAAUCAUCAGCACACUAGCCAAUAAGAACGAUGAGCUCCAAAACUUCCUGGAAACGGUUGAAAACACAGUGACAGGCCUGCAGGAGGAGUCAUAUAAAGUGAUGUCAGAUCUGGAGGCGGAGCUUGAGCAGCUGCGUUCUGUCCUUGAGGAAAAGGGGGCGGAGCUCCGUCACAUUAUAAAGGAGGAGCAGCAGAGGAAGGAGGCAGAGCUUCAGAAGCAGCUGUCGGAGGGAAAGUUUGCUCUGCUGUCUUGUGAAGAGCUGCGAGAAUUCGCCAAUCAAACGCUGACGAUUACCAACGAAGAAGAAUUCCUCACGGCUGCAAAGCAGAUCAAAGAACGGGUAACGAUGGCUCCAGCGUUCCGGCUGACGACUCGCCCGGCAGUGUCGGACAACAUGUCUCAGUUUACCGUUGACUUCAGCACGGAGAGGGCGGGGCUUCAACGACUUCACUUUCUACCAGUCCCCAGAGCUCCAGAGAUCGACCUGUCCAACUGCGUCGUCCGUGACAACGCCAUCACAGUCGCCUGGCAACCACUGGGUGACGCUGACAGUGACGGUGGCAGCGGACCAAUAGAACGCUACGAACUUGAAUACCGAAAAACGAACCGUGACAGUUCCAGAGCCGCAGGAGAGGCAUGCUGGGAAAAAAUCUGUGACAUCAGAGAGACACAGGUCACCAUCUCAGGUCUGAAGUUUGAUUCACCAUUUGUCGUCGUUCGAGUUCGAGCGAGAAAUAAAGCGGCCGCCGGCGACUUCUCAGAGCCCAUCGCCAUGGAAACCAAGGCGUUUAACUUCGGCUUCGAUGCGGUGACUGCUCACGCUGAGCUGAAGGUUCACGGCGACUCGGUGACCUGGGAGCCGCAGGGGGUCAAAGGUCAUGACCCCCGACUCAGAGCCAAAGACAACAAAAGCAGCAGGAGCGCGACGCCGUCGCCCAAUAAGACGGCAGCGAGCCGGGCAGGACGCGACCGAUUCGCUGGGGAGUCGUACACAGUGCUGGGUGACCAGGAGAUGACUGGCGGCUCUUAUUACUGGGAGCUCCGCCCCCUGGCUGACUGGAAGUCUUUCAGUGUGGGCGUGGCCUAUCGAGCCAGCUUGGGCCGCUUUGACCAAUUAGGGAAGGGCGCUGGUUCCUGGUGUCUUUCCGCCAGCCAAUGGCUGCAGACCUCUCUGGCCGCGAAGCACAACAACCGGGCGAAGGCGCUGGAUUGGCCGCUGCCUCAGCGAAUCGGAAUCUACUGCGACUAUGACAACGGUGACUUAAUGUUUGUUGACGUUGAUCAGCUUCGUCUUCUUCACUCCUUCAAAACAAAGUUCAGCCAACCGCUAGUUCCUGCCUUCACCGUGUGGUGCGGGGGUAUCACCGUAGCGACGGGUCUGCAGGUGCCGAGCUUCAUGGGAAAGUUUGCGUCGACCAAUCAGAGCCUGAGCAGCCUGACGCAGUAGAUCAGCUGAUUGAUCACAUGACUGAUUUACAUCCUGUUUGAUUGAUUCUAAAUAUUUGUUAUUGAUUUCAUAUCAGAGGAUUUCAUUCAACAAAUCAUUGUUUUUAUUCAACUCUGUUUAGUUUGAAACAAAAAUAUGAGAAAAUCUCAUUCAUCUAUUUAUUGAUUAUGGAUUAAUUUAUUGAUUUUCGCUCUGUUUAUUGAUUUUUGAUCUGUUUAUUGAUUAUGAAUUUAUUUAUUGGUUAUUGAUCUGUGCUGUGUAAAUGUUUAAGUCAUCUCAGAUGUUUUCUAUCAACAUUUUGAUAAACUGAAAGAUGGAACUGAAAUAAAUCUCUGAUGUUUCUGAA